AUGGCAAUUGGAGUGGCGUUGAUCGGAGGAGGAAUCUGGGCGAGGGAAGAGCACUUGCCAGCGAUACUCGCCUCGGAGCACCUGGAACUAAAGGCUAUUUAUUCUCGGUCGCUGAAAUCUGCAGAAGAUACUGCCAAGGCCUCGGGGAAGCAGGUUGAGCUGUAUUCCGAGGACUCGAAGCAAGGAUACAACGAGGUGCUGGGCCGGGAGGAUGUCGACGCAGUAAUCAUAGCAGUCCUCAGACUUCCCAUCGUUUCUCAGGGCGGUUAUGUCAGCGCAGCCCUUAAGGCAGGAAAACAUGUUCUGUCCGAGAAGCCCGUGGCCGAGAGCGUUGCAGAGGCGGAGUCAUUGGUCAAGUGGUAUCGUGAAGACAUUGAGCCUCAAAAGAAGGCUACAUGGAGUGUGGCAGAGAAUUUCCGCUACCUCAAUAGCUUCAGCUACGCUCGGGAGAAGGUUCAGGGCCUGGGGAAGAUUAUUGGAUUCCGCGUCAAGGUCUACGGAAAUAUCCAGCAGGACGGAAAGUUCUUUAACACCGAUUGGAGAAAGGUUCCUACACACCAGGGUGGCUUCCUGCUCGACGGUGGAGUGCACUAUACUGCCGGACUACGCUACCUGCUCGGACCUGACACCUUCAUCACUCGAUUGUCCGCCUUCACAACUCUGCUCAAGGAGCAUCUGCCUCCUGUUGACACAGUUGAUGCAAUUCUAAAAGCCAACACUGGUAUUCAGGGCACUUUCCAGUUGUCGAACGGAACUACCCUAGUCGGCCCCGAAUGGACCAUUGGAUGUGAAAACGGCAGUGUCAGUGUUGAGAAUUCCAAGAUCACCGUGCGAACCUUGGACGGCAAGGAAGAUGUUCAAAUUAUCGAGGAUGAGCGGACAGGCGUUCCACCCGAAGUUCGACAAUGGGGAGAGGCUCUUGCAGCGGGCAAGGUAAACCCUAAACAGAGCCCCAGCCAGGCUUUGGCAGACCUUGAAUUGCUCGAACUGAUGCUUCGUAGCGGAGCAAAGGAUGGGCAGCCGCAGACUUGCCACUGCCAACAACCUGCAAACAUCUAA